UCCCUCGCUCCGCCAUUCGACCGAGCAGGCGCAGAGGCCAAGGUCAAGAAGGCACAGGACCUGUGGAACAGUAUGGACCCGAAGAAGGUCGCGCUCGCCUACACCGAGGACUCGAUAUGGCGCAACCGUGACCAGUUCUUCCAGGGUCGCGCCGCCAUCGAGCGCUUCCUCGCCGACAAGUGGUCGAAGGAGACGCACUACAAGCUCAAGAAGCGGCUUUUUGCGUUCAACGAGAACCGCAUCGCCGUCCAGUUCUGGUACGAGUACUUUGAUACCGACGCCAAGGAGUGGCGACGGACGUACGGUCUCGAGCACUGGACCUUUGCGCCGGACGGCCUCAUGCAGAAGCGCCACAUGAGCGGCAACGAGGUCGCCAUCUUUGAGGCCGAGAGGUGGUUCAAGGACGGCGUCGAC